CAACUCCAGAAUCAUCGUUUGUCCACAUUGCUACUAACUAUUUAGUUCCUUCUAGAGUCUAGCUAAACUAUUCAAUUCCCUUUUAGAGUUGUCUGAAAAUGGGAUCACGUUACGAAGUUGAAGUAAAAAUAACCUCAGCCAAAGAUUUGAAGAACGUCAAUUGGCGUUACGGUCAUCUGAAACCGUACGCAGUUGUUUGGAUUGAUCCCAAUGCUAAAUGUUCCACUAAAGUCGAUGAAGACGGAGACACUUCGCCUUAUUGGAAUGAAAAACUCGUUGUUCCUUUGAAUUCACCGAUCGAUGAAUCCAUCUUGUACAUCGACAUCGUUCAUGCUGGUAGCGCUGAAGAGGACACCAAGCCUCUCAUCGGAUCCACUAAGAUUCCACUUAGCGAAGUCGUUGAUGAUGUUGGUAUAGGCGGUGAGCUGGAGCGCGCGCUCCAACUCAAACGCCCUUCUGGCCGACCACAAGGAAAGGUAGAAGUGGAGGUUACCGUAAGAGAGCCACGCUACCGUCCGCGGGAUGCGUAUUAUGCACCUCCAUACGGUGUGCCUCCUCCGGCACAACCUUAUAAUUACGGCGGACUUUAUGGCGCUCCACCGCCCGCAGGAAGUUACGGGCAACCAGCAUACGGGGUGCCGGCAGCGGGAAGUUAUGGACAGCCAGCAUACGGGAUGGGAGGCUACGGGCAGCCAGGUGGUUACGAAGAGGAGAAGAAGAAGAGCAAAUUUGGAAUGGGUACAGGAUUGGCUGUGGGUGCAGUAGCAGGGGCAUUGGGUGGACUGGCGAUAGCAGAGGGUAUUGAUCACUUGGAGGACAAUAUCGCCGAAGACGCGGCGGCGAAAGUGGAGGAAGAUCUCGCCGACGAUGAUGGUGAUUACGGCGACGAUGACUUUUAAGCUUCCGUUAAGUUUCUAUAUAGUAAUAUUCUUACAGUAUUUUUUGACGCCAAUAAAGUCAUUAAGUAGAAAAUAUCCAAGGGAAUAAUGAGAACAUGGAGGCAGAAACUUAUAUUCCAGUAAAUCAUUAAUUUUAGGUUAUCCUCCACCCCCCCC